AUGGUAGUGAAAAACAUGAAGAAAUAUUUUACUUUUGAAGUUCAGAUUUUGGACGACAAAGGAGUGAAACGACGGUUCAGGGCUUCAAAUUACCAGUCAAGUACGCGAGUGAAGCCGUUCAUCUGUACGAUGCCGAUGCGACUCGAUGAGGGAUGGAAUCAGAUCCAGUUCAAUCUCGCUGACUUCACAAAGCGAGCAUACGGCACAAAUUACGUGGAGACAUUGCGGAUUCAGGUUCAUGCAAACUGCCGUUUGCGUCGGAUAUACUUCGCUGAUCGACUGUACAACGAGGAUGAACUGCCGGCCGAGUUCAAGCUAUACCUGCCUAUUCGUGGAAGAACCAGUGGAACGCUAAGUACGAGCUGA